AUGUUGCAGGACAAGCGAAUACUAUGCAUUUUCAUCCUAGUACAAAUUUUGAUAAUUGCUCGCGGCGAACCUUAUGAGGGAUUGGAUGGCAAUGGCAAUGGCAAUCGGAAUGCCGAGGAACAAGUGGACAGUGGAUUGGAUAAUUAUAGUUUGGUGGACAAUAUUCAUUUGCCCAGUUCUGGGGAGUCAAAACAAAUGAAGAUUAUGAAAUAUCCCAGCGACUAUGCAGACUAUGAUUAUUAUCUAAAUGCACGACGAGGUUUAAUUGAUAUGGAUCUGAAUGCGGCUGUUGGUGGUAAUGGUGGUAAAAUGUCCUAUGGUGAAACAACAUCGAUAAAUCGUCCAACCGCUGAGGUCAGAUCUUUGCCAUGGUAUGGCCAAGCAAAUAAACCGACUGGCAGUUUGCCCUUAUAUCCAUCCAGAUCUUAUGAUCCGUAUAUAAGACGUUAUGAUAGGUUCGAUGAACAAUACCAUCAUCGCUCUUAUCCGCAAUAUUUCGAAGAUAUGUAUAUGCAUCGGCAGCGUUUCGAUCCCUAUGAUAGCUAUAGCCCCCGUGUGCCUCAAUAUCCUGAUCCCUAUGUCAUGUAUCCCGAUCGUUAUUUGGAUACGCCCACAGCAAGGGACUAUAUCAAGUCGAGACGUGCCUAUAUCGAUGAUGUGCCCGCCGUGGACUCUUUCAACAUCAAUGCCAAAUAUAAUCCACACAAAUUGCCAGAUCUAACAUUGCCCAUACGCAAUGAGCGUGUCGUCUAUUAUGCUCAUCUACCGGAAAUUGUUCGUACUCCGUAUGAUGGGUCUCGCUCGGAGGAUCGUAAUUCAGCUUCAUAUAAACCGAAUAAAAAGAAAAUUAAAAACAUUUUCCGCCCAUUGGCGAAUAAUUCAACAAAUUACAAAAUGUCAUUGUAG